AAAAUUGUUUCAGAUUACAUAUGGAUCAUUGGAUCAUCAUUGAUUUAUUGGGCUCAGAAAUAUGCUCAACAGAGAGCGAAUAGCAACCUUGGAUUUGAAUCGUAUAGGAUAAUUUGGCAUGGAAUAAGGGGUAUGGUUUGGUCUCAGUUUUAUCCAACGAUCCAAAAGAAGUUAAAAAAUAACAACCCCCCAACAGUCCUCGUAAUAUAUUGUGGUGGCAAUGAUAUUGGCAAUCCACAUAGUACUUUAAAGGGCUUACAAAUGUACAUGAAAUCUACCAUCGUAAAUAUUUCACAAUUAAUGCCAAAGACAAUUAUUGUUUGGUCUCAUAUCUUACCACGAAGUAAUUGGACCUUGUGUCUUUCUAACAAAGAUGGAGAAAAUUGGAGAAGAAGAAUUAAUUCUGCCCUCGCUACAUUUGUUGUUAAGAAAGCAUGUGGGGCCUCCAUUAAAUAUCCCGAUAUUUUAAUUAGACAUGUAUCCCUUUUCCGCAAAGAUGGUAUACACUUAUCAGACUUGGGUAAUGACAUAUUUGUAAAUUCUGUAAGAAAUGCUCUUGGGCUGUUUUUGUCAUCUACUGACAGAUUUUAUCCUACUACUACUACUACUAAAGACUUGUCAUGGUCAAAUCUUGAAUAG